UGCUGUAGCUCCCUCCCUGCUUGGAUGGGGGGGCGGAGUAAGUUUGGUGGGAAAAACUGUGAUUUCCUUCUUUUAAGUUCAGAGCGGUAGCGCAGGGUCGAGAAUGGAUGUCCUCUUUGUAGCCAUCCUGGCCGUGCCACUGGUCCUGGGACAAGAGUAUGAGGAUGGCGAUAUACUGGAAGAGGAUGAGUAUUAUCAGGUGAUCUAUGAUUACACUGUCACCCCCAAUUAUGAUGACUUUCCCGUAAACUUCACCAUUGAUUACUCCAUGUUUGAGGAAGAGGACAAGCUGAACCGUUUGAAUAAGGAAAGAACACAAGCAGGAGAACCUACCACUCAUCUUCAGACAGAACACACAGGCCACCACAAGCCUGCCACGAUGAAGCCUGCCACGAUGAGGCCACCGACGAUGAAGCCACCGACGAUGAAGCCACACAGUCGAGAUCUGAAUGAUUCUGUGUCCAGCCUGCAGAGCCCUGUCCCCCUCAUCUUGUCCUGGGCCUUCAUUCAGUGGGGAAUGUAUUUCAUUUAGAAGGAAAGAGAAGUCUGCUACAACUCUUGGGAUGGGAAUUUUGGAGAAGAUAAAAUAAAGAAUAAAUUAAUAAUCUGGA